AUGUCACUUGAUCAGAAAGAAUCGGUUGACAAUUUUAAACCAACGGAGACAUGGAGGAUCCUGAAGAACGUAGUGGUCAUCAGUCUGGCCUUUAUGGUACAUUUUACUGCAUACAAUGGUGCUGCCAAUUUACAAAGCUCAAUCAACGCUGAAGCAGGCCUCGGGACAGCGUCGUUGGCUGCUGUGUAUGCCGGUCUUAUCAUUUCCAAUAUAUUUUUACCAGUGAUUGUAAUAAAAUGGCUGGGAACAAAAUGGGCGAUCUCUUUAUCGUUCAUAGCCUACAUGCCGUAUAUUGCUGCUCAACUUUAUCCCAGAUUCUACACAAUGAUACCUGCUGGACUAAUUGUAGGCCUUGGUGGUGGCCCACUCUGGUGCUCCAAAUGUACCUAUCUCUCUGUGACAUCAGAAGCUCAUAGUCGGAUAUCCAAAAUCUCAGCUGAGGCACUCCUAGUACGAUUCCUAGGGCUGUUCUUCAUGAUAUUUCAAAUGAACCAAGUGUGGGGAAAUCUCAUUUCUUCCUUAGUUCUGACUUCAGGGAACAAUACAGCCGCGUUUACAUCAGUAAAUGAAACGAUGAUCCCGAUUCUGUGCGGCGCCAACUUUUUACCCAGCGCUGAUGCUGACGAAGCACUUCCAACACAACCUCCGGAAAAGAUACAGAUGUUAUCAGGUAUUUACCUUGCUUGUAUGGCUGGUGCAGCUUUCCUAGUGGCUGUUGGGGUAGAUUCCAUGAAACGUUACGAUACGGGCCGCCAAGGUUCUGGCAGUGGCUUGUCUACUAGGGAGUUGUUAGCCGUGACCUUGAAGUUGAUGGCAGAACCAACGCAGCUAUUGCUCGUCAUUAUCAACAUCUUCAUCGGACUUCAGCAGGCGUUCUUUGGUGCUGAUUUCACUGCUGCGUUCGUGUCGUGCGCCGUCGGCACCGGUUCAGUUGGCUUCGUCAUGAUGACAUUCGGUCUGGCUGAUGCAAUUGGCUGCGUACUCACAGGAUAUUUGGCUAAGUUAACAGGGCGUCUGCCGCUCAUGUGCUGCGCGACGGUGGUGAACGCGGCGUUGUUCAGCGCCGUGCUGACGUGGCGGCCGCACGCCGGGGACGACUACGUGCUCUACAUCUUUGCAGUUCUGUGGGGGCUGUGCGACUCGGUGUGGAUAGUGCAAAUCAACGCAUACUACGGUAUCCUGUUCCCCGGCAGGGAGGAGGCAGCAUUCGCAAACUUUCGACUCUGGGAGUCUGUCGGAUAUAUCAUUGCAUAUAUUCUAUCUCCAUAUCUAAGGACAACUCACAAAGCAUAUUUGCUACUAGCCACAAUGGCUGUCGGAGUGUCUUGUUAUUUCUUUGUGGAAUAUCAACAGCGUCGAUUGAAGAAAGACGAUGAGAAAAAUAAGGAAAUGUGUUAUGUAAAAGGUUGUGAUAAUAUUGCUUUUGAUAAUGUAAUGUAA